AAGUAUCUUGGGCACGUAUAUAAAAAAAUUACAUUUCUACAUUUCUAUUCCUUUAAAAAUUUUGUCUUUAUAAAUCACAUAUUAGUGCUUGCAGUUUUACCUAGAAAGCACAACGAAAUUAUUUGUAGUGCCUCUCAACUGGAAUUUGGAUUUUUAUAUUGACGAAAUGAAUGCACACAUCCGAAAAUAUGUUCUUUGUUCUGUAUCAAUGUGUCUAGUUAAUCUUUGCUAUUCUAUGGACUUUAGAAUCGUUGUAUAGUUGAACUACUAUUAUUUUUUCAAACAAUCCAGUAUUUGCCUAUAACUUAAGUGCUCAUUGCAAAAUUUGCACUCGAGGCGAGGCGAAGUAGUGCUCGUUUGUAACUUUUUGAAAAAAAAAUUGAAUAGUGGAAUUAUAAUCGUUAAUUAAAAAAUAUUAGAUAUUAGAAAUGUGGCCUGAAAUAGAACGUGCAAGAGACGAAAAUCGUAGAGAAUUGGUACUGACCGGCCCGGAAAUCAGCAAAAGAAUAUCUGAAAAUGGUUUGGAUUCUAAAAUUUUUUCCCUGAUAGAUUUAAAUUACCUCAGUUUCACAGAAACAUGUCUUACAGAAGUGCCUGAUGAUGUCUCAAAGCUUAUUAACUUGCAGACCCUGAUUUUACAUUCUAAUAGAAUAGAGAAGUGCUCAAAGAAAUUGACACAAUUACCUAAACUGAAAAUUUUGGAUAUAUCUACAAACUUUUUAGAGAAAUUGCCUGAAGACUUGACAAACUUGGCGGAAAUUGUUACUUUAAAUUUUUCAAACAAUAAAUUAGAAUGCUUUCCCAUAUUAAAAACCAGCUCAAAAUUAAGUGUGCUGGACUUAUCACUUAACAAUUUAGCAUGUUUUCCAGAUGUAUGUUAUGAGCAGUUGGCAAAUUUAAGUGAGAUAAAAUUACAUGGUAAUAAAAUAGAAAAUAUACCAAAUACUAUUUACAUUUUGCCUUCUUUAAAAAUAUUGGAUAUCAGUGGGAAUCAAGUUAAAGUUUUACCCGGGGAACUUGCAGACUGUCAUAGGUUAAAAGAGCUCAACCUUAAGUCCAAUCCUAUAACAGAUCGUAGGCUGUUUAAAUUAAUUGAACAGUGUCGUACGAAGCAAAUUAUUGAUUAUGUUAAGCAGCAUUGUUCGAAAACUACACCAGUGCAAGUGACGGGAGCAAAUAAAAGCAAAAAGGGCAAAGUUAAGCAAAAAUCUGAGUCCGAAAAUGAAGAAGACAAUAAUUCCUCAUGUAAAUAUUGCAUUACGGUUAAACCAGCCAAUAAUGACUUCAAGAUAGUAAUUCAUAAUAAUGUAAAGUCAAUUAGAGAACACAUAGUAUGUUGUAUUUUACGUAAUGUUUCAUUUAGUGAAGAAUUGUUCAAAAAAUUUAUUCAACUGCAGAAUAAACUGCACGAUAGUAUUUGUGAGAAAAGGAACUCUGCAACUAUUGCCACACAUGAUUUCAAAAAAUUGGGAUCAGGUCCGUUACUAUAUACCAGUUUUCCCCCAAGAGACUUCAAAAUUAAACCUUUAAACAAGACAACUGAAAUGACAGGAGCAGAAUUAUUUGCAAGACUUCAAACUGAAGCAAAUAAUUUGCGUAAAGAAAAAAAAAGGAGUACCUAUUCAGGAGUACAUAAAUAUCUUUAUUUGAUUGAGGGCAAGCCCGCUUAUCCAUGUUUAAUGAAUAAUCAAGAAGAAGUUAUAUCAUUUCCGCCCAUAACAAAUUCUGAAAUUUCCAAAAUUGAAAUGUCCACAACAGAAAUAUUAAUAGAAGUAACCAGUAAUGUAUCUCAGUUUGUCUGCAAAAAUGUGUUAUCUGAACUGUUAAAGGACACUGCAGUUCUGUUUGAUAAGAAUUUAGAAGUGUGUCAAGUGAGGAUAUUGGACCAAGAUGGAAAAUUAAAGGUUGUUUUCCCUUCCAAGGUGGAUUUGAAUUUUGGCAAAGACUCAAAUGUAAAAUGUCAGUUUGAAAAUGUUGGUUAAAUUAAAAUUUUUGGUAGGCAGUAUUAACUUUAAGGCGUUACCUCAACAGACAAAAUUUGAAUAAAAUAGUUUUUUAUAAAACUCAAAAAUAUGAUGCAGUUUUUUUCCUAAUGUAAAACUGUAAAUGUAAAAAUGUUUUGU